AGCUCUCACCUGAUCUUCUCCAUGAGCAUCACGAGAUCAGUUAUUUUUAUCGAAUAAUUCCUCUCUUUUCUCACCCUCCACUGCCUCAAGCAGACGGUAGAGCCUCUCUCCUCUCUCUAGCUUCCCAUCCCAACAAAACAAGGUCCCGAAUCUCGAUACCGAGAAUCCACCGCGCGCGCAGCUCAAAACUUUCGCCUCCUCACCUUGACCCUCGGAAAUCGCCAAAGCCCUCCUCCUCUCGGGCCGAUCCGGACGGAGCUGAGCUGCAAAGUGGCUUGCUGCUCUUCACCCUUCCGGAGCCUUUUCUUCGUCCAGAGUCAUUCUGACACCGUUGUCGGGCCCCUAACACUACAAUGGUCGCAUUCUUGUCCUUCAUCUCCGCCGUCUUCGGCUGGAUCUACACCCUCGCCUGGAGCCUCUCCUUCUAUCCCCAGCCGCUGCUCAAUUGGCAGCGCCGGUCGACGUCCGGCACCACGGCCGACUUCCCUACCAUUAACGUGAUCGGUUUCGCCGCGUACUUUGUCUCCAACGUCGCCUUCUACUACUCUCCCGUCGUGCGCAGCCAAUAUGCCGCCCGCAACAACGGCCUGACCCCGACCGUCGCCUUCAACGACAUCGUCUUUGCGAUUCACGCCCUCAUUCUCAGCCUCAUUACCGCCUCGCAGUAUCUCCUCCGCCCGCUCUGGGGCUUUGAGGCCAGCUCCGGCGCUCGCCCUAGCCGCUUCAUCUCCGGCAUCAUCGCCGGCUCCGCGCUGGGCGUCUUGAUUACCUGUUUCAUUGUCUGGGCGACUCCGUCUGGGAAUCCUGCGGCCGACUGGUGUGAGCUGGACAUUGUAUACGCUGUUGGCUACGUCAAGCUCUUGGUGACGCUGGUCAAAUAUUCGCCCCAGAUCCUCGCCAACUACCGCAACAAGAGCACGCGCGGCUGGAGCAUCUGGCAGAUCAUUCUCGACGUGGUUGGAGGCAUCUUGAGCUUGGCGCAGCUUGGUAUUGACAGCUACCUCCAGCAUGACUGGAGCGGCGUCACAGGCAACCCCGUAAAGCUUAUGCUCGGCAACUGCAGCUUGGUGUUUGACUCCAUCUUCAUGUUCCAGCACUAUGUGAUUUACCGUGGUAAGGCUACUAGCGACGAGGAACAAAGUCUUCUUCCGGAAGAGGACAGGAGACAUCGCGAUUAGAUUAGACUUUAGACUGCCCUGAUUGCUAGCUUGAUUUUGCUACAAUUUGCUAGAAUUUGCACAAGUCGCCCAUCCUUAACUAGAACUCUCAUUACAACCAACUACUGAGAGGAGUAAGUGGGCCAUGACAACAUUGCAAUACCAGGGAGGGGGAAAAAACAUGUCUAUAAGAACAUACGGAGUUGGGUAUCCGUUCUAUCUUCAACGCUAUUCUAUAUUACAAAGUUGAUAACUUUUCCCCCGUCCACCGGGAUCGUCCUCCUGGCUGACCGCACGUUAUACCCGCCUUCGCCAAACCGACUUUCCCCGUCCUCCGUCUCCAGAAUCGCAUUCACUAUCCAGUCUCGUAGGGCGUCGCCUUUCAAGCCGCUCGACGGGCGCGGGAUGGUCACCGUGCCGCGAAGCUUGCCAUUGACUUGUACGGCGCAGUUGAUGAAUUCCGCUUUGAGCAUCGACAGACUGCCAUCCGGUACGGGGAAGCUGGCGGACUCGAAUAUGGAGCCCUUGGACGGGUGUAGGAGACUCCAGCACUCCUCUGCAAAGGCGGGUGUGAUGGGCGCCAUGAGGCGGAUGAUGGUAUCUGCCGUCUGCCGUCGGAUGCCUUCAUCUGCUGUCUUGUACUGAACCAACUCGUUGGUGAGAGUCAUUAGAUCUGACACGACCACGUUGAGCGGGUAUAUCUUUUCGUAGCUCCGCGUGAUGGAUUCAAUCUUCUUUUGCGUCUCGCGCCAAAGAGCCGUCUCGGAAUCACGUUUCAACACUUCCUCCUUCUCUGCCGCGCUCAACUUCUUCGACUUACUGGCGCUCAGAGGGGGCCGCGCAGCAAAAUAUUCUUUUGCCGGUAGCGAUUCUUCAGGCGACUUCGCCAGCGCCACUACCUGAUCGUGGAGCUUCUGUAGCCAGCGCGUGACGCCAGAAAUCUUGGACUCAUCCCAGUUAAGGACAUCUGCGACUGGCGCUUGGAAGAGCAGGUGAGCUCGGGUAGGGUCGACGCCGUACUUGGAUGUAAACUCGGUGGGGUCUACUCCAUUGUAUUUCGACUUGGACAUCUUCUCGAAAGCUAUCGUUGCGGGUUCACCUGUGGCUACGACCCGAGGCGCCAAAGGAUCUGACAGGUCGACCUCGUCUGGCUUGAGAAAUUUGCCGUUCUCAGGGUCGAUGUAAGUCUUGCCGUGUACCAUGCCUUGGGUGAUGAGGCGUUUAAACGGUUCGGCAGACAGGGCUUCCGACUCGGAAGGCUGAGGUAGAAGCGAGGUGGUGGCUAGGAAUUUGUAAAUGAAUCGGGCAUAUAAGAGAUGAAGAAUGGCGUGUUCAACGCCUCCAAUGUAAAUAUCAACGGGGAGUGAUUUGGCGGCUUCGGGAGAGAAGAGCUGAUUUGAAUUGUGAGGAUCGGCAAAACGAGCGUAGUACCAGCUUGAGUCGACAAACGUAUCCAUAGUAUCGGUGUCUCUCCGGGCUGGGCCGUUGCAUUUGGGACAUUCGGUCUUGACAAAGUCGGGAGUCGACUCCAGAGGAUUGCCUGCCUUGCCCUGUGCCCAAUGGUUAUCUACCUCCGGUAGCAGAACGGGGAGCUGCUCGUCUGGCACAGGCACAGAGCCG